AACAAGCACCUGCAACUGCAACUGCAACUAGCCAGCUGCAAGCAAUCACCAGUUUGUCAAACAGCAGAGGCGAUCGUCGAUUGGCCCGCCGGCGCGCCGGCAGCUCGCAAAGACGAUGGCGGCGGAGGCAGGGAAGACGACGGCGGCGACGAAGAGCGGCGGCGGCGGGCAGAUCAUGACGGUGGUGCGGGGCCUGGACGUGGCGCGGUACAUGGGGCGGUGGUACGAGAUCGCGUCGUUCCCGUCCUUCUUCCAGCCCCGGGACGGGCGGGACACGCGCGCCACCUACCGGCUGCUGGAGGACGGCGCCACGGUGCACGUCCUCAACGAGACGUGGAGCAAGGGGAAGCGCGACUACAUCGAGGGCACCGCCUACAAGGCCGACCCGAACAGCGACGAGGCCAAGCUCAAGGUCAAGUUCUACCUCCCGCCCUUCCUCCCCGUCAUCCCCGUCGUCGGCGACUACUGGGUGCUCUACGUCGACGACGACUACCAGUACGCGCUCGUCGGCGAGCCGCGCCGCAAGAACCUCUGGAUUCUGUGCAGGAAGACGAGCAUCGACGAGGAGGUGUACAACCAGCUGGUGGAGCGGGCAAAGGAGGAAGGCUACGACGUGAGCAAGCUGCACAGGACGCCGCAGGACGACCCGCCGCCGGAGAGCGACGCCGCGCCCACUGACACCAAGGGAGUAUGGUGGUUCAAGUCGCUCUUUGGGAAAUGAUGACUGUACACAUCACCGCACGCGUACUCCGGUGCUUGCUGAUAGUACUAGUAGUAUAUAAUCUGCGCUGCACGCAGCAAAUAAAAUGAGACCUGAAGAGGAUUGAUGUUUAGCUGUAGUAUAUACGUUGUAGUGUAUAUGUCUCUGUGUGUGUGGACUGUGACGUUAUAGUGUUUUGAUAAUUAAUGGGAUUGAAAUGUAAUGUUUGAUUUUACUAUUAAUUGCAUUGGCGAGGUAGUCAAUCUGAGGAUCA